AUGUCAAAACUGUCAAAAGGCGGAUAUUUUUUUAAAUCGCGCCGAAUGUUAUCGCAGCUAGGAUGAAAUUUUGUUGAUCGAGUUUUUCAAACAGAAAAAUGUUUAAUAAAGUGUUUCAACGCGCCCUUAAGUUUAGAUUAAAAAAAAGUUAUCCAACGAACAUAUACGAUAUAUCCAGAGGUGCUGCUGUCGCUGUACGUCGGCCUUACAGUGAUGAAGUAAAACGCGCGCAAAAUGCAGAUGUAAAUUCAUCUGGUCCGACGAUAUUCGAUAAAAUAAUAUCGAAAGAGAUUAAAGCGGACAUAAUAUAUGAGGAUGAACUGUGCUUGGCGUUCAAUGAUAUCGCUCCGCAGGCUCCCGUCCACUUCUUAGUGAUACCGAAACGUAAAAUUUCUCGGUUACAGGAUUCGGAAACUGGUGACAAAGAGCUCCUAGGUCACCUAAUGCUGGUAGCUCGGUCACUCGGCGCUGCGCGUGCGCCGCAAGGCUGGCGUCUGGUGGUGAACAAUGGAGUACACGGAGCCCAAAGCGUCUACCACUUACACUUGCAUGUGCUCGGUGGUAGACAAUUGAAGUGGCCACCGGGGUAAAUAUAAUAAACUGGUGUCAAAAAUAGAGGGGGAGGGGGCUGUAAAUUUGGUGUAAUUGUACUGAU